UCUUUUGUUCUUAUUCGCUUAUCUUCACGAUUCUCUCAUCUCCUUCUCCGGCAACCACAGUAUCACCGGAACUCGUAAACGGAAUCAGAUUCUUUCCCUUUUUAGUAUGAAACUAUGAAUUUAAUCUCUAGAACAUUGACUAGAGUAGUUACUUCCUCACUCUACCACUCGAAAGCAGCGAAGCUCCCCACUCAAAAAUGGGUGAUCUCGCAGCAAAUCCGCGUUUUCUCAGCCAACGUCAUCGGAACCGGAGGAAGGAAGCCUAGGGCUAAAGCAUCAGCGAAAUCGCCGCCGCUUAUUUCCCCCGUAGAGGAGAAAGAACUGACUCCGCCGAAGAAGAUUGAGUACAAGCCGGAGAAUUCGAAUUGGAUCAACCUAAUUGGAUUCGUCGAGCAACCUGUUCAGUUCGGUCCUUGCUCCGAUGGUAAAUUCUGGGCUGGAACUGUGAUUUCUCAGCGUUCGGGUUCAAAAUCAUCUAGUUUCUGGAUUCCAAUUAUAUUCGAAGGGGAUCUAGCUCAAAUUGCAGUUCAACAUGUAAAGAAAGAGGAUCGAAUUCAUAUAUCUGGGAAGCUGUUUAUUGAUUCACCUCCUCCGAGUGUUACAUAUACUCAAUCCAAUGUUCAGGUUAUGGUUCAGAGUCUUAACUUCGUACAAGCUGAAACUUGUAUUGAAAAAGAAGUUAUGAAGAAGAUUUCACCACCUAAAGAAGAAGUAACCAGCACGAAGAGACAGCCCGCAAGAUCCAAAAAGGUUAAAGUCAUAGAUGAAGAAACCUCUAAUUCGUGGAAGCACCUUAUUGAAAAUCCUAAAGAGUGGUUGGAUCACCGUGGGAAUAAAGCUAACGGAUUGGUAAAGCUAAAACAUCCCGAUUUCAAAAGGAAGGUUGGUGGUUUUUCUUUGUGGCUCAGCACAGCUCCUGAAUGGGCUUUGCUAAAACUCGAAGAGCUUGAGUUUGAUGUCUUAGUCCCUACAGGAAACACCAAACUGAAACAACUUAAAGGAGAGGAAUCUUGGAAGGAUUUGGUUCAGAACCCAGAUAAAUGGUUAGACAACCGCUCAGUUAAGACAAAUGAGAAAGCUCCUGACUUCAUACAUAAAGAGACUGGCGAAGCACUGUGGAUGACCGGUUCUCCUCUUUGGGUUCUAUCAAAGUUACCACCAUUGAAGAAGAACCAAGAAAGACCUCUCAUGUCCAAUACAAUCCCGCAGCUUAAAAGAGAAGAAUCUUGGAAGAACUUGGUUGAGAACCCGAGUAAAUGGUGGGAUAACAGAUUAGACAAGAGAACCCCAAAAUACCCUGAUUUCAAGCAUAAGGAGACCGGUGAAGGACUGUGGAUAAAUAAUUCUCCAACUUGGGCGCUUUCAAAGUUACCACCUUUAAAGAACCAAGAAAGUCCUGUCAUGGCCUAGUUUGUCUCGCAGCCUUACGUUGAUUUUGGCCACCCACUAUGUAAAAAGGCCGUGACUUUAUUUAUCCAGUCUUAUAUAAAGAAAAUUGCUAGAGUAAAUUAAGGAUCCUGAGUGAGACAUUAUCAAAAUGAGCACCAUAUCUAUAGAAGUAGUUUUUGCUUAGGAUCUCGUAAGGGUUUUAGUCUUCAUUGCAGAAAAACUUAUCAGUGCCUCGAAAUUUUACAUUUUUCACGGUACACCCAACCCAUUAUGUAUUGAGCCAAUAUUUUCUGGCUUAUGAA